UGACGGUGACACUCCGGCCCCGCCUCCCUGCCUCACCAUGGCAACCUUCCCAGAGUACAUAGCCCAGAACGAGGAGCGUGAUGGCAUCCGCUUCAGUUGGAACGUGUGGCCUUCCAGCCGGUUGGAGGCAACUCGGAUGGUGGUCCCGGUGGCGUCGCUGUUCACCCCCCUGAAGGAGAGGAGCGACCUCCCCCCCACUCAGUACGAACCGGUUCUCUGCAGUCGGGCCACCUGCCGGGCUGUCCUCAACCCACUCUGCCAGGUGGACUACAGAGCCAAGUUGUGGGCAUGUAACUUCUGUUACCAGAGGAACCAGUUUCCUCCAUCCUACGCUGGAAUCUCUGAGGUGAAUCAGCCUGCAGAGCUGCUGCCUCAUUUCUCCACCAUCGAGUAUGUGGUCCAGCGAGGUCCUCAGAUGCCGCUGGUCUUCCUGUAUGUGGUGGACACCUGCAUGGAGGAUGAGGACCUGCAGGCUCUGAAGGAGUCUCUGCAGAUGUCGCUGUCUCUGCUGCCCCCCACAGCUCUGGUUGGACUCAUAACCUUUGGACACAUGGUCCAGGUCCAUGAGCUGGGCUGUGAGGGGAUCUCCAAGAGCUAUGUCUUCAGGGGCACUAAGGACCUGAACGCCAAGCAGCUGCAGGAGAUGCUGGGUCUUGCCAAACCUUCGGCCGCUCAGGGACGAGGACCUCAGACUGCCCAGCAGCCUCUGUCCAACAGGUUCCUGCAACCGGUGCAGAAGAUCGAUAUGAACCUGACGGACCUUCUGGGGGAGCUGCAGCGAGACCCCUGGCCUGUCACCCAAGGGAAGAGACCGCUGCGCUCGCUAGGUGUCGCCAUGUCCAUCGCUGUGGGCCUGCUAGAGUGCACCUUCCCCAAUACCGGUGGCCGCAUCAUGACGUUCAUUGGAGGCCCGGCGACGCAGGGACCAGGCAUGGUUGUAGGGGAUGAGCUGAAGACUCCCAUCAGGUCAUGGCACGACAUCGAGAAGGACAACGCAAAGUUCAUGAAGAAAGCCACCAAACACUACGAGUCUUUAGCCAACCGAGCCUCCACUAAUGGCCACAUCAUCGACAUCUAUGCCUGUUCCCUGGAUCAGACGGGCCUACUGGAGAUGAAGUGCUGCCCCAACCACACAGGAGGAUACAUGGUCAUGGCAGACUCCUUCAACACGUCUCUGUUCAAACAAACUUUCCAGAGAGUUUUCACCAAAGACGUCCAGGGAUCCUUUAAGAUGGCCUUUGCUGCCACAUUGGAGGUCAAGACCUCAAGAGAGAUCAAAGUGUCUGGAGCCAUCGGUCCAUGUGUGUCCCUAAACGCCAAAGGACCCUGUGUCUCUGAAAACGAGAUCGCAACAGGAGGAACCUGCCAGUGGAAGAUCUGCGGUUUGGAUCCGAGCACCACGCUGGCUCUUUACUUCGAGGUGGUCAACCAGCACAAUGCUCCGAUCCCUCAAGGCGGCCGUGGGGCAAUCCAGUUUGUCACUCAGUACCAACACUCAUCAGGCCAGAGACGCAUCCGAGUCACCACCACAGCCAGGAACUGGGCUGAUACUCAGAUUCAGAGCAUCGCAGCAUCCUUCGAUCAGGAGGCAGCAGCAGUCCUGAUGGCGAGGUUGGCGGUGUACCGGGCGGAGACAGAGGAGGGACCAGAUGUCCUCAGAUGGCUGGACAGGCAGCUGAUCAGACUGUGCCAGAAGUUUGGAGAUUACCACAAGGAUGAUCCAAACUCCUUCAGAUUCUCUGAGACGUUUUCCCUCUAUCCUCAGUUCAUGUUCCACCUGCGACGCUCUCCAUUCCUGCAGGUGUUCAACAACAGUCCUGAUGAGAGUUCAUAUUACAGACACCAGUUCAACCGGCAGGACCUGACCCAGGCCCUCAUCAUGAUCCAACCUGUGUUGUACGCAUACUCCUUCAGCGGACCCCCAGAGCCUGUUCUGUUGGACAGCAGCAGCAUCCUGCCAGACCGAAUUUUGCUGAUGGACACUUUCUUCCAAAUCCUCAUCUAUCAUGGAGAGGAUACCUCCCACACCCUGCUCCUGACGCUGGCUGCUGAGGCAGAGAUGUUGUCCAACAGGAUUCUUCAGUGGAGGGCAGUCGGCAGCAGCCAGGUGACCUCUGAGCCUCCUCCUCCUCCCCGUGGACCAACAGACUGUGGUCUUUAGAACGGACUUGGUUCUUGUUUCUGGACCAAUGGGCUGUGGUCUUUAGUACGGACUUGGUUCUUGUUUCUGGACCAACGGGCUGUGGUCUUAAGAAUGGACUUGGUUCUUGGUUCUGGACCUUCACCGGUUCCCAGACUGACUGUUUUAAGAACUGUAAUAAAGUUAGAUUCCUGAGCUGGUUUCCAA